AUGUCAAAAGCAGCUGCAUCGCAAUCCGGCCUAGCAGGAGGUGCCUCAAGCAGCAACGAUCAAGGUACCCGGGGCGUCUGCUUAUUGGAACUGCCCGGCGUCAGCGCAGAGCAAAGAUUCGAGAAGGAAGUGGUUCCGCUUGCCACUGGUGAGGCAGAUGUUGCGCGGAGUCAGGCCAGCCAGAUGGGUGCUCAUCCCCUCAAAUGUGGUGCGUGGGCCCAUUCGCCCAUCUACUCUUCACAGGUACGCUGCAGCUUCUUGUCCUUACUCUCAACAUCGACAACCCGUACGGUGCUCCUCCGGGUAGCGAGAAGUCUUUGCAAGAGUGAGUGACUGACAUGUGCGGAAAGAGGGGUUGCGGUCAUCUAGCUGCUCACACUGCGAACACGAAAUCUUAUACCACAGCACCGAUAUUUGGCUUGUGCUCUCCAUCGGUAAUGACUUCUCGCUGCCCAUCCCAUCAACGCAGCGAGUUUUUCCCGACCGCAGCUCGGCAUCUUACAACUUUCCCCAACCGGAUACUGGAGCCUCCAUUCGCAUCUACCUCUCUUCGCACGAUGCCGCCUCUCAAGGGCUCAGAGACGCUUUUGAGGAUGUGCUGGCCCAAUACUGCGCAUUCGCGUCGGAUGACAGGUCCGAUGCGGGCCAGAUCGAAUUGCUAGACGAGCAUGGGCAAGUGAUGGGCACUCUCGCGGGCUCAUACAACUUCAAGGAGGACUCCAGCCUUUCGGCUGUGGGAGCUGAGAAGCAGCCAGUCCUUGUCGAUCUCGAAGACCUCUCAUCGGCCGCAAAUGGCACGGGUCACAAGAAGGACGUGGACGUCCGACCUGCUCCAACAUUUCAAGACGAUUGGCUGCUAAAGGGGGCCAACUACAUCUCGAGAGGUAUCGUGAACGGAUCUACUUUUCUUGGUGGUAAAUUGCAAGGCGCGGCGUCUUCUUACGGUGAGUGGAAGGAGAGGGCAAAUCGCCAUCUCGUCGACAUGCAGUGGAUCUGACUCUCAAUGGAUCAUUUGCGCCGUAUCUUGAUGGUCAGUGGAACGCACGGCAAAGCCUUCUGCAGAUCUCCCACCACCGCAUACAGGUGCCCAGCUUUCAGCGGAUGGCACGCAUUUCGAAUCCCUUCCUGGCCAGCCUGUUCCUGGCCUUGAGCGAUCCGGAACCACCGCUUCGACGAGCGGCAACUACACCACUUCGGGAAAGGUUCCUUUGACUUUCAACUCUCACACGCACGCGGCUGCGAAAGGCGCACACAAUUGGACGGGCAAAGUGGUCAACGUCUCGAGCGCUACCAGUGAGUCAAGGGAGCCAGACACUGUAUUGCAGCGUUGUUUCAGUGUGGUCGUCAGAGAUACUAACACCCAGUAUUCCGGUGACACAGCUAAUGCGAUCUUGAACAAGGCAGGAGCUGUGGGCUCCAGCAUUGGCAAACGCACAGGUAUCCAGUCCAAGCCAGGUGGUCCACCUCCUACCGGCUGGAGGGGAGCCAUCAACAGAAGCCUGAUAGCGGCAAACAUGGUGAUCGAUGGGCUCGAGCAAGGAGCCGAGCGAUUGAUUACAGAUACCGGAGAGGCUACGGGAAAGGUGAUUGAGCACAGGUAUGGGUCGGAAGCCAAAAUUAUCGGCGGUCAAGCCGGCAGCAUUGGCAAGGGUUGUUUUGCGGUCUACAAAGAUAUUUCGUGAGUGAUCUUGUUCACACGUAGAGUGCGCCUGGAUGCUAAUCCGACAUGCUUUCGUGUGCUUUGAUGCGAACAGUGGCGUGCGUCGCAAAUGUCUGCUUCGAGUGGCUGGAGGAACCUUCAAAGCGCGGAUGGAUGAUGGUAGAGAGAUCGUAAUGGCUGUCGAGCCUGCGGGUGCCCCCGGCAGCACCAGUGGCGCCAGCACUCACAAUACAGCCCGCGGAAGUUCGAGCUCGAGCGCACCUCCCUUACCCAGCAAAGAGAAUCUCCACGCCCCACCUGCCUACUCAGCUCCAGCGCGUGGAUCCUACGCUGGUGAAAAGGAUGUCGAGAAGUAA